AUGUUGAUGGAAGGCGUCCCUCCACCCUCGGACUCCAUCGAGAACAAGCAUGGCGGAGACCCUAUGUACCAGGACGAUGAUUUGAAGGCGGAAGUUGACAAUACCCCAUACGAUGACCCAUUUGGCAACGAGGCCACGGCAGAGGUGAAGUACAAGACGCUGAAGUGGUGGCAAUGUGGAAUGUUCAUGAUCGCUGAGUCGGUCUCCCUCGGAGUCUUAUCUCUUCCAGCGGCCCUCGAUGCGCUGGGCUUUGUCCCGGCACUCAUCCUAAUUGUUGGCCUGGGUAUUCUGGCCCUCUACACUGGAAUGAUCAUUGGCCAAUUCCGCGAGCGCCACCCACAUAUUCACAACCUUGCUGAUGCCGGUGAGAUCCUCAUGGGCCGAUUCGGCCGGGAAUUGUUCGGUCUGGGCCAGAUCCUGUUCUCCAUUUUCAUCAUGGGCAGUCACAUCGUCACCUUCACUGUGAUGAUGAACACGAUCACCGAGCACGGCACUUGCUCCAUUGUUUUCAGUAUCGUGGGCAUGGUGAUUUGCCUGGUACUCUCCUUGCCUCGUACGAUCAAGAACAUGACCUACAUCUCCAUCGCCUCCUUCCUGAGCAUCUUCUCCGCAGUGAUGAUCACCAUGAUCGGUGUGGGCGUCCAAUACAAGGGUGGUGACAACAUCUACGCCACCCAGGAAGUCGGCCUGUACCGCGCCUUUACGGCCGUGACCAACAUCGUCUUCGCCUACUGCGCGCACGUGGCCUUCUUCGGUCUGAUCGCCGAAAUGGAGGAACCCAAGGACUUCACCAAGGCUCUCUGCCUGCUGCAAGGGUUCGAGAUCGCCUUCUACGUCACCGCCGCCACAGUCAUCUACUACUUCGUCGGCACGGGCGUGGCCUCGCCCGCCCUCGGAUCCGCCGGCCCCCUACUCAAAAAGGUGGCGUAUGGCGUCGCCAUGCCGACCAUCAUCGGUGCCGGUGUCGUGAACGGCCACGUCGGCCUCAAGUACAUCUACGUUCGCAUCUUCCGGAAAUCUGGCCGCAUGCAUAAGCGUGACCUCGUGUCCGUUGGAUCCUGGGUUGGCAUUGGUGUUACUUGCUGGGUGAUUGCGUGGAUUAUUGCCGAGGGUAUUCCUAGCUUCCCUAAUAUUGUCAGCUUGAUUAGUUCUUUGUUCGCCAGUUGGUUCACCUACGGCCUCAGUGGAGUUUACUGGUUGCAUAUGAACUGGGGCCAGUGGUUUUCUUCCCCGAGGAAGAUCGUCUUGACCAUUAUCAACUUCUUGAUUUUCUGCAUUGGUGGUAUUAUUUGCGGUCUCGGAUUGUACGCCUCUGGCAAGGCGAUCCACGACGAUAGCGCUAGGGCUAGCUUCACCUGCGCCAAUACUGCUGAUUAA